CUUCCAGUGCGCCGAUUGCCGUGACCACUUCUUGGCCAUGCCCCUGGCGCAGGAGGACAUCACCUCGCGCAGGGCCUCGCAGCUGUGGUGGUGGCGCACGCACAACGCGGUGAACGAGAGGGUGCGCCUCCUGGAGGAUUGGCAGAGCGCGGACGGCGACCCGGCCUACCCCAAGGCGCAGUGGCCCUCCGCCGAGCUGUGCCCGGACUGCCGGCUGCCCGCGGGGGAGGCGGGGGCCGCGGGGGGCGCGCGGGCGCCGUCCUUGCAGGAGUCGCUGGCGGCCCAGGGCUGGGCGGCGGACCGCGUGGGGGCCUUCCUGGACUCCUACUACGGGGGCGCCGCCGGCGGUGCCGAGUGAGGCCAACGUGCGCCAGCAGUGCCGAGGCUGGCUGGGCGUCAGGCCGCGGCGAAGCCUCGGGGCUCAAGAGACGGGGGUCGAUGCAAGCGGGGGUCAGUCACAGCGCCGGAUCUUGCAGGAUCCUGCAGCGCCAGGGUUGCACUGACCCAGGCUCGGGUGCAGGAUGAAGCAGGAUCCAGCAGGAUCUUGCAGGGCCUGACUGCCCCGGUCUGGACUGACCCGGGUCAGAGAAUCCCCGGAAGCCCUUCUCAGAGGAGGAAGAAAGGUACCCAUCCUUUCGCCCUUCCUUCGUUCUCUUUCCCCUUCUUGCCCUCGCUCGCUGCUCGCCCACCUCAGGGAUCUAUAGGGAUCCGCUCGAGGCUGGUCACCUCCCCGCGGGCGCGCAGCCCACGGGCGCCGCGCCGCUCCAGGGCGAGGCCUGCGCGGGGCCUCCGAGAGCUGCCGCGCACGCCGCGCUCUUUUUCCGCGGGGCGCGGCGGGCUCGUCCCCUGACCUUCCAGGAGGGCUACAAAAUAGCACGCGACUCAAAAACCCAUCCCAGAGCUAUUCUAUGUCUUGGUUUUAGGCUGCUUCCUUUCGUUUUUAGGGAUCCCUGCGAGGCUGG